UUUCCUGGGAUAACAAAACUCUUACACAACUCAGCUAUGUCUCGACAGGUGGUCCAGGUCCAGCCGGAGAGCAGGGUUGAGGAGGCAGGUCAAUGGAGUACUGGCCUGUGUGAGUGCUAUAAAGACAUGGGAGACUGCUGCUUUGCCCUGUGCUGCCUCCCAGUGUUCACCUGUAAGGUGACCAGUGCAGUGGGUGCGUGUCCCUGCCUGCCUCUGCUAGACUGUCUCGGCUGUGUACCACCGGCCUCUCUCGCCAUGAGGGCGUCUGUCAGGGAACGAUACGGCAUACAGGGGAGUGUGUGGAGUGACUGCCUGUACGGAUGUUGCUGCUAUCCGCUAUCUUGGCUCCAGAUCUCCAGAGAGCUGAAGAGAAGAGCAGCAUCCCACGCCUCCUCCUCAGCCAGAUACACCGCUCUGACCUCCCUGCAGGGGGCGCACUUGGUCUAGACACAUGCAGCACUCCUUUCUCCCGGCCUCUGCUGCAGCCUGCCCUCCAGAGUACAGGAGUUGAUUUAAUCACACUUCCUCUGGUCUGCAGCCGCUCCCUGUUACCUCAGAGAAUUCAGCAGGGACACAAUGUGAAAUGUAGCAUGUAAUUUUUGAGUAAGCAAAUUAUAUAAUAUUCUUUCAGUAGUGGACAGUAACCAACUUAAGUUUUUAGGUACUUCUGUUUUACUUGGGUAUUUAAAUGUUACGCUAUUUCUACUCCACUGCAUUUCAGAGGGAAGUAUUGUACUUUUUACUCCACUACAUUCAUCUGUCAGCCAUAGUUACUAGUUACCUUUCAGAUUAAGAUUUUACACACAAAACACAAGAUAACUUUAUAAAAUACAAUUCAUUGUUACGGAUGAAACCAGUGACUCCCAACCUUGUUGCCUUGUGAAGAAAAGCAGUGUCUAGUUGAGUAAUUUGUCAUGUUUCAGAUGUCUAUAAAUUGUUAGCAGUUUUUUCUUCUUUCCUCUCCCAUUAAUCAUUUCAUGGCCCCUCAGAGAUCUUGUGACCCCUUGGAGGGGGCCCAACCCCAGGCUGAGAGCCACUGGAUCAAACUGCCUAACUGUAUCUAAAAUAGAUAUGAGCAGCUACCUUCAAUCUAAAAAUGUCAAAUAUAACAAUGUAUCAGUCACAGGGGCCAAUUUUCUGCAGAAGGAGCACUUUUAUUUUUGAUACUAAGUAUAAGUACGAUUAGCUGAUAAUACAUGAAUCUGAAUGCUAAUGGAGUAUUUUUUACAUGUAUUGGUACUUUUCCUUAAGUAAAGGAUCUGAAUAUUUCUUCAACCACUGUAUUCUUUAAUAGCGUAAAGGCGAGGUACCACAGCACACUGAUGGUUAUGAUUUCUGUACAAACAGUACACAAAGACUAGAAAGCCUCCGUUUGAAAACACAACUUUGACCUUGCCACAGAUUUACAAAAACAAAUUCUUGUAUGCGAUUUCCUAAAUAUGAUUCCUGAACACUUCUGUUUACAGAAGUCAUUCCUGGAAUCUGUUAUCACGUUAAAUCAGGGCGGGACACACAGAGAGGGAAGGAAUCAGAGAGAACAGGGGAAAAUUUCAUUCAGGGGAAUCAAGUAACUACGUAUCUUGAUUGUUGGCAGACACAUUUAAAUCUAACCAAAGGGGAAAACACGCACGUCAAACACAUAAGCUUAGCCAGUGAUUUUAUAUUCCAAGUGAAAUUAUACACCACCCAUGUACAACAGCGUAACUAUUUCUGUUCAUUUCAGUGCUAAAGUAAUUGUUUUUACAUUUUGCAUUAAGAUGAAGCACUAAGACAUUUGCUAGAAAUCAAGGAAAUCAUCUGCUAGUUGUGUUAAUGAUCAAACUUGUUGACACUUGGCAAAGCUUCUGCAAAUUUUAGAAUUUUACUGUGGUAAACCUUAUGAUUACUAAAGUCAGAAAUAUUCCAUUUUAAUGUAUGCUGUUAUUCCAUUUCCUACCCCAAUCUAUUCAGCUGCUGGCCUUGUGGUUCAAAUACAAAAUCCAAAUAUUUUGUGUUGAAUUAUUUGAAUGAAUUCUAAUAAAACAUCAAAUGUU